AUGAAGCUAUUAUAUGCAGCAACAGCUCUCUACCUUUUGGCUAGUGAAAAGCUACUCCGAGAGCGUAUCUUCUAUUUCGACUACAACACGCACAAUCAAGAUUCCAUCAUAUACUAUUUCUACAUAUCAUCCAGGAGAGCUGAUAACAGUUACGCCCCGCCGACAGUAACCACCACUACUUCUCUUUCCGUAGCCACGUCUACGCAAAUUGGAGGAGCUACCCAAACUGUCACAAGCAAUGUUAUCUCUACUGGCACGGUUAUCCAGACAACAAUCCUAUUUGAAACAACAGAAGUUGGUCCUACUGUCACUAUAACAGCCGCACAGUCAACUUUAACUGUCCCUGCAUCUUCUGGAUUUCUUCCUCUGGCAAACGACCCUUAUGUGAUAGCCAAUGGAGGGGCUGGAGGGGCCACAAAGAAGCGCAGAGAGGCCAACAUACAUUCAGAGAUGACAAAUGAUCAACAACAAAAUUCACUAACCAGAAAUACACCCUCUAAGCCAACCAGCUCCAAUAACCGCCGUUACCCCUACCAUCAUCCUCACAAAGCUGCUAAUCCAGAACUGGCCGAUUCUUCAGCUCCUGGUCCUAAGGAAUUCGAUAUUAAGGUCAAGCCAAAAAGGUGGUGGUUUGGUUCGUGGUGGAAAGGCACCAGAUAUCCUUCCUCGGUAUAUUGUCGAGAAAUUGUCAGCGUUACCCAAACUCAAAUAAUCACUCUUCAGUCACAAGGAGGAGGUACCACAACUUUGCCUCCAGAAUUCGCAACUCCCAUCAUACUGUCAACAUCAAAACAGGUAGUUACGUCGGCACCAGCUACCACUACUACAACAGUUGUCCAGAUCGAAGAUGUAACCUCAAUAACCACCGAGAAGGAUGUGAUCACUCAUAGUUCAACAACUACAACAACCGCAUUCCCACCACAAGCUACAAUAUAUGAUAUAUGCCAGGAGAACAACAUAGUAGCAACCGUAGAAGGGGCUACCAUCGACUACUCCCUACCUAGCUAUGGUCAAUCCAGUCUUCAAAUUCACUGGACAUAUAUCGCGGAUCCUUACGUGAAAUCAUAUAACUGCUGUGCCAUAUGUGCACAGUCAUCUACAUGUGUUGCAUAUUACUACAAUACAGAUAAAACGGCCAAUCCUGGUCCUGCAGUGACUUGCUUCACUCAUGAAGCGACAGAUGGUGUUUGCGAUCCCUCUGGACUUCGCUACGUCUUCCGUGCAGAUCCUAAGCGUAACACUCUAUCUCCUGAUAUAGUCGGAAAUGGAAAUUGCGGUAAAGGACAACUUGAUAAUGGGGCUAGACCAACGCUGGAUGGUAAACUGUGA